AUGUCGGCACUCCGAGCCCUCCAAACCCCUUCCGGAUCGCCCGCGUUCCGCCAAUCAAGCCGCCCCUUCUGGCUCUCGGCCACGGUCGGGCUUGUCCUUGGGUGUGUGGUGGCUUGCCAACCCGCUCGGCCCGACGACGAUCAGCUGAUGGUCUUUGCCGCCGCCAGCCUACGCGAUGCGCUCGAACAGAUCCGCGUCGAAGCCGAGCAGCAAGGCUUGCGGCCAGAAUUCAACUUCGCCGGCUCGAACGUCCUCGCCCGGCAGAUCGAAGCCACCUCCAGUGCUGAUCUGCUGCUCAGCGCCAACCACCAGUGGGUCGAGCACCUGCGCCAGCGGGGACGCUUGGUAGACCGCAGCAUCACUCCAUUCUUGGGCAACCGUUUGGUAGUGAUUGGCCACGCGAGCCGUUCGGCCCAGCUGGAGUCGAUCGCCGAGCUUGCCACACUGCCCUUCCAGCACCUGUCGCUGGGAGAUCCUCGGGCCGUUCCCGCCGGGAUCUAUGCCAGCGCCUUGUUGCAGUCGGUCGAAUUGCCGGCGGGUAGCCUCUGGUCGAUGCUCGCCGACCGGGUGGUCCCGGCCCCUGACGUGCGCGCAGCGCUAGCGCUGGUCGAGGCCCGUCCCGACGCGGUCGGCAUGGUCUACCGCAGCGACGCUCUGGCCAGUCGACGGAUCGAGGUGUUGUACGAGAUUCCUGCCGCGGAGACUCCGCAGAUUCGCUAUUGGGCGGCUUUGGUAGCCGACGGCAGCUCACCGCAGACGGCGAGGCGCUUUCUCGCCCUGUUGCGUUCGCCGGUGGCGGCGCGAAUCUUCGCCGAGCACGGCUUCGAGCCUCACCCAUGA